UUUACCAGCGGCUAUAGUUUGACAUAAAAAAACGUUGCAAUAUAUAUGACGCAAAUAAACUUUAUUAUUAUUAACAGGCGCUCAUUUAUUAUUGUUUUUCCUGGCGUUUGUGUUUGGAUCGUUCUGCACUUUUUGUUUCCACAUGCUGAUGUAUUUGUUUGACGAGAAGUGUGUUUUGUUUCCAAAACUUUUGUCUUUGACGUCACUACGCCAGAACAUUAUUUAUGAAUUCAUUCCAGAGGAUAAAGUGAAGGCAGAAAUGUUGCCUGUGGACUUUGUAAGUACGCAAUGGGUAGAAAAAAGCGCUUGCUACCUACCGACGUAUGUGCCUUUGGUCUCUGGAAUUUUUGGCCUCGUUUGGACAACUAUGUUCCUUAUGUGUUCGGCGGGAAGCAGAGUUCUUACUGGUUUGCAGAGACCCUGGAGGAUCCUGCCCCCAAUAUUUGUAUUUUCAUUAGCGAUGAGUUCUCUUUGUAUAUAUACUUCUGUCGUCACUCACUAUGGCUUACAUGAUCUCUGUAUGAAGCUGAGUGAAAUUACUGGCAGCACAACAUGCACGUAUACAGUGAAUGUUGCAACACUGGUAUAUGAGCGGCGUAUUCGUGGUGUCUAUCAGGCAACCCAUCUAACCAUCCUCUCUGCAUGGCUACAUACAGCUUGCUGGGUGCUGUCAGCACUUCUAGCUCUAUUUCGAGUGCUUCUGGCCAUCGAUUUCCAACUUGUUCGUGUCAAAGCAGAACUUACCGGAAACAUUGAUAGAUUUCUGGAAAAGAAUGAAACGCACAUUCGAACAAUCUCUCCUGAUCUAUGGGGCAUGUCAGUAUCUACAUCAGCAUCAAGAAACAGCAUGAAAGUUCAUUUCCAGAAGGAACACUUCACUUCGAAGGGACUUCUAGGGUCCGAAUCAAGUCUAACGGAUUUUGGUGACCAGCUAUAUCUUUCCGAUGCCUCUCCAAAGAAAUCAGAAAUGGCUCUAGUUCCUGUUGAAAGAAAGAAGCUAGAAAUGUAUGACAUUUAUAGCAAAGUUAACAGAGAACAUACAUUUAUAACGCAAUUGUUGUAUAACAUCGUUGCUGAUGUAACCGAAACAUCUCCACUUUUAAGCUUAUCCAGCAGUGUCAGUUCAAUCGAUUCUGACAGCAGCUUACUGAAAAUUGUACGACAAUAUGGCCAGGAAAAAAUAACUUCUCGUCUAGCGCUCCCCGAUCGAGACAAGACACGACCUUUGCUUGACUUAAAACAAGCUGAAGAGAUUGCGUUGGAUUUUAAACGGGCAUUAAAAAGCAGACUUAACGUUCUUUACGAAAACACAACCUUAAAACUGGAAAAUCAAAGUGAGGAAGGAAAACAGGAAUCUACAAACGAACAACCGGAGUUAGAUGUUCCAAGCACGAGUAAAGAUUCAGCUAAAACAAUGAAGUCAAGUUUGAAGAAUACUGCAACUCAAACGCAAAAAAAACGCAAUCCAUCCACAAAAGUACAAAUUGAAUCAAAAACGAGUAUUAUGACUUCCGAUACUAAACUUAAUUUGGAAAAAGAGACACAAACUAAGAAAGAGAAACAAGAUUAG